AUGGCACGUAAAUUAAAGGGAAAACACACUAUCGCUAAGGGUCUCAAAGGAUCACUAGCGAGGCUCAAGGUUCAAGAACAGCUCAAUACCAAAGCUAUCAAGAAUGCCGAGAUUGAGAAACAAAAUCAGCUAAAUAAGCAGAAAUCAGUUAAUAAACAGAAGAAGAAUAACACCCCUAGAGCUAAGGGGUUUAUGCCAUUCAAGGUUGAUGAUACAGUGCUACUAAUUGGGGAGGGUGACUUUUCAUUUGCUAGAUCACUAAUAGCACAGGGGGUCGUCCUUGCUGAAAAUUUAAUUGCCACAAGUUUCGACUCAUUUAAUGAAGUUGGACAAAAAUACCCCGGAAGUGAAGAUACACUAACGCUAUUAGAAUCAGAGGGUGUACGGAUAAUGCAUAAUGUAGAUGCCACUGAUUUGCCCAAGACUUUGAACUUGCAUCUUAAUGCGAAACAGCGUCGUGGGAAUGAGAAAGUAAAGCUCUUUGCCAAUGGACGACAAUUGCGAUACAUCAUGUUUAAUUUCCCUCACACUGGAGCAGGAAUUAAAGAUCAAGAUCGAAAUAUUAAGCAACAUCAGGAAUUGAUGGUUGCAUUUUUUCAAAAUUGUAACAAAGUGUUUGAUUUGGUGAAUGCGCAGAAUUGUAAACAUAAUGAUUUUGGCGGUUACGAUGACGACGAUGAUGAUGAGGGGAAGAUCCUAAUCAGUCUUUUUGAAGGAGAGCCGUACAACUCAUGGGGAAUCAAGGCGCUUGCCAAAAGUGAAGGAUACAAGGUGGAGCAAUCUGGCCGUUUUGAGUGGGCAAUGUUUCCUGAGUAUCACCAUAAGAGAACCAACAGCACCAAAGAUACAACAAAGCCAGCUGAUGAAAGAGAUGCCAGGCUUUACAAGUUUGAAAAAUGGUCGAAUCGAAAGAAGGAGAAAAAAGAUGACUCCGAUCCUGAUUAA